AUGAAGGCUCACUUUUCCUACACCAAGGGCCUCGCCUCAGCUGCUGCUGUUGAGCUCAAGGCCUUGUCAGAAGAAGUCGCAAAGCUCAUGAAUCAUAAUGAGAGGCUCACUGCCGAGCUGGCAGCUUCUAGGAACUCCCAAACGCCACGCAGGAACAGCAGCAGUAUGAUCCGUAAUGGACGGAGGGAGAGCCACAUAAAGCGUCAAGACCAAAGCAUCUCGCCUGGUGUUGAUAUGAGAAGAGAGAUGGCAAUAAUCCGAGAAAGAGAGGUAGCCUAUGAAGCUGCUCUUCUGGAGAAGGACCAAAGGGAGUCCGAGCUGCAAAAGAGAGUGGAGGAGUCCAAGCAGAGAGAAGCUUACUUGGAGAACGAGCUUGCCAACAUGUGGGUUAUUGUUGCAAAGCUGAAAAAAUCACAUGGAGUGGAAACCGACAAUCCUGGGGGGGGAGAGAGAAAGAUAGGCUGGACUGGGGGGUGGGGUGGCAGUCGAGGGAAUUUGGAGAAGCUGGGCUGCGGCUGA